UGUCAAUUUGUUGAAAGGAAAAAGUCCUGAAAAACAAUAAUAACCUUUUCUAAAAAAAUUAUUAAUCAACAAAUUUAUCUCGAAAUUGUCAGUUAGCUCGGCAAACAGAAAUUAAUCAUUUCACUAAUAUUUGAUAUGAAUCUGUAGCGACGGCUACCACUAGUUGUUUUGAUUGUUUUGCAAUAUUCUUAGGCAGUUUGCAAGAUGUUUUCGAAUGGUAUUACGUGCAAUCUUCCCUUUAGUUGUAUGAGUGUCACUAGAGACUCUGGUUCAGAUGAGUUGCUGCCAGCCAAAAUGGCUCGAGAGCCUGUCUUGCUAAAUGUGUAUGAUAUGUUUAAAAUUAAUGAAUAUACCUCGAAUAUAGGGCUUGGAGUUUUUCAUUCUGGUGUUGAAAUAUAUAACACUGAAUAUGCAUAUGGAGGACAUCAAUAUCCCUUUACUGGAAUAUUUGAAAUCAACCCUAGGGAUGACAAAGAAUUAGGUGAUCAAUUUAGAUUCAGACAAACUGUUCAAAUUGGUUAUACAGAUUUCACAGAGGAAGAUGUAAAACGCAUUGUUAAUGAACUAGGGAAAGAAUUCAGAGGAGACAGAUACCACUUAAUGAACAACAAUUGUAACCAUUUUUCAGGAUCUCUUACAAAGAUUUUAUGUGGUCAAGACAUUCCUCCAUGGGUGAACCGCCUGGCAUAUUUUAGCAGCUGGGUACCAUUUUUGGAAAGGUGUUUACCAAAGGAGUGGCUGACUCCAAUGGCUCUGCAGCAUUCCCUUAGCUGUAGGCAAGAUUCUACCUGCUCAGAAGCGUCCACACCAUAUUAAUGUUUGCCAAUUGUUGAUUGAAUAAUACUAAUUUAAAUUGUUUAUUGUUCAUUUUAAUGGGCGAUAUAAUAGUGAAGGUUUUUGAGUAGUUUGUUUCUAAUUUUAUUAUUUGAUAAAAAAGAAUGAAGCAGGGAUAUGAUCGAAUUUCUUUAGAAACCGAUGCAUAUAUGAUUUCAUGAAACAAAAAAAAGUCGGUGUUUGAGUGGAAUGGAUUGCUAGAGAAAUAUUUGUUUCAAAUACUUGAAACUUGGUAUUUUGUUUUAUUUUCUAUUAAUUGCCCAUUAGAAGAACUACUAUCAAAGAUUCUAUAGAAAGCGUAAGUGUUAACAUUUUUGUAAUUUGAUUUCAAAAAAUAUGCAUAUUCUCGAGAAAAAAUCAACCAUGUGCAUACUUUUUGGCCAGAGGAAAACUAUGUUCAAAAAAUGUUAUGUUUUAAAAUUAAAUAUUUCUUUUCAUUUAUGGGAUGCUGCCCAUUUUCUCACAAAUUUGGCCUAUAUAUGUAUUUCAGGUGAUUAGGUUGAUUAUUUCUUUAAACUAUACCAAAUAUACGAUGUAUCUAGUUUCCA